CGCGACUCGGCGUUCCUGCUGCUACUUAAAGCGCGGCGCGGUGUCGCGGAGUCCGCGGCGGCAAAUGGCGCUGCGCGGUAGAGUGGCUCUGGUGACCGGAGGAGUGCAGGGGAUCGGGAGAGCUGCAGCCGAGAGCCUGCUGGAGAAACAUGCCAAGGUUGCACUGGUAGACCUGAACCAGUCGGUUGGAGAGGAGUGUAAGAAAGAGUUGGAUGAGCAGUAUGGACAAGACAACUCUAUUUUCCUUCAGUGUGACGUGACGGACGGAGGAAAGCUGCAAGAGGCUUUCAAAAGCACGGUGGAACACUUCGGAAGACUAGACAUCGUCAUCAACAACGCCGGAAUCAACAACGAGAAGAACUGGGAGAAGACCAUCGAGGUGAACCUGACGUCUGUUAUUAAAGGCACGUAUUUAGCUCUGGAGCACAUGAGUAAGGAGUACGGCAAAGAGGGAGGGGUCAUCAUUAACGUCUCCUCCAUGGCAGCAUUCCUGCAUUCCCCUUAUCAGCCGGUGUACACGGCCACCAAACACGGCGUGAUCGGCUUCUCCAGAGCGCUGGCGGAUGCAUCAGAGCAUUGCAAUUACGGCGUGAGGAUCAACGUCCUAUGUCCGGCCUUCGUAGACACGCAACUCCUCCUCAGCGUCGACUGCGAAGAGACCAUGGGCAAGUUCAUCAAGUACAAAGACGACUUAAAGCAGAAGAUGGACAAGUACGGGGUUCUUAAGCCGUCUCUGAUCGCAGAGGGAAUGAUGCGCCUGGUAACAGACGAGAGCCUUAACGGAGCCGUGAUGAAGAUCACCUGCUCUAAGGGGAUUCACUUCCACGUGUACGAGCCUCUGUCAGCCUGAACCCGCUCUCAGCUCAGGGCUCUCAUUCAGCAGCUUGUCCAGACUGGUCUCCAAAACAAUCACAGCUCAGCCCAGAUGUGCCCGGGAUUCCUGAAGACGUGAGCUGUUACGAACACAAGGGAUGAGUUAAGACACGUGUUAACACGAAUGUCCGUCCUGUUUCACGUCAUCAGGCAGGAUCGUUUACACCGUCUCGUGAAAGCGCAGCUUUUCCCGUCGUGUGCAAAAUUCAGUUUAUUAACACAAAGGAAGGCGUGAAGCAAUUGUAUCGGUUUUCUUUCAUUAUAAACUUCACCGUGUUGGAUUUACAGCACAGUGUAUCAGGUCUGUUUUUCCUCCUCGCUGGUGUGUGAUUGCUGUGUAUCGAGUGUGAUUGAAGCCACAUUUAUAAUGAAUCCUUAGAAGAAGAAAAAAAAACGUGGCUUUUAUUAUAUUUAUUAUCUGCUUUCCCUGCUAUAAUCGCUUCAGACAAUGGAAAUCCUUCUUUAUUGUCGUUUUAUAAUUGUAUCAAAUGAUGAUGUUGCUAUUUACAGUGUAGAAGCAAAGGUGUGUUAAUAAUAUGCCUAGGAUUUUUCAAAUAAAAUCGAUAAAUAAAUAAAUAAACAAACAAACAAA